AUGCAGUCACUACGCAAGACAGCAGUAGUUGCUGCCCGGGCGAGCCGAACUACACUCCCACGCCAGCCGCGACGAUAUGCGCACGACGAGCACAGCCACGGCCACGGCCACGGCCCUGUCAACGAGCCCAUGGGGAAAGGCUUCUGGUUCACGAUGCUGACCAUCCCCGCUGGUUGGGCUGUGUACUUCGUCUCGCGAAACAGCGAUGAUAACACACAACCCUUCUUCACCCGUAUGAUCGAAAAAUACACAGACGCGCAGGACAAGUGGGCGAGGAGGAACGACAUACACGUUCGCAUGAUCGAGCAGGCGGGUGACGACAGGGUGCUGUUCAUGAACACCAAGCCGCAGGAAUUUGUGGACAUGAAGUUUCCCGAGAUCAUGAACGUAGGAUCGCCAUACAAUGUCCCGGCCGGCAGCCAGGUCCAGAUGGACAAGGUCAUUGAGAAGUACAAGAAACUAGCAUACGAAGAGAACGAGCGCAAGCUUGAGGCGUUGAGGAACAACGAGAUCAAGAGCGAGCAGCCGUUCAAGAAGAACUACAUCAGGAAGGCACCUGAUGCGUUAGAGAACUCGCCGAGGCAAUCAUCGCGGCUCUCUCCCUUUCGCAAGAGGAAAGCGAUCCCUGCACAUCCUGUGCGAGCACCUCUGCUCCCAGAACUCGGCUUCAACUCACACAGGAGGAAUGACAUGAACGGCCUUGUUAGCACCUCAAGCGACGCUCCGCACACUGCGCAUACAGGCCCUCUCCGCCCUAUCAACAGCAACAGUGUCAUGCCCGCCUACACGUCCCCGCGCAACGUAUCCGGACCCUUGGCUGUCGAGUCAGCACUCAUGGCCUCCGAUCCUCUUGCCCCAGGCUCGCAAUGGGCUCGCCCAAACCCUCACGCCAACCCUCUCAGCUCGCAGAACAAUUCGAAAACCUCACAAUACAUUGAUAAGAUCACGUCCGAGAACGACCGCCUGCGGAGAGAGCUACGAGCGGAGAAACUCGCGAGAGAGGAUGAAACCAAACGCGUAUCUGCCGCGCGAUCGAAGGCCGAGGACUCCCGAACCGAGCUGCAGCAUCUCCAAGUGCUCGCCGAUACAAACGAGAGAGCGAUUGAGCGGAAGGACCGGAAGCUGGAAGAGCUGAAAGCCACGUUGGAGGCCGAGGCAAACAGACGGAGAGUUGCGGAGCAGCGGGCUGAAGAAGCGCUGAGGAUGUUGGGCGACACACGAUCAGAGACGCAACGGCAGCUCUCGACAGCAUACGAGAUGCAACACAUGGCCGAGACGAACCUCGAGACGGCGCGCGAGGGCUUCAAGCGCAUCGGCGAGGGUUACGAGAAGAAGGUCAGAUACAUGACCGAGCAACUGAACGAGUUGCGACAGUCUCGCAACGAAGACGCAGACAAGAUAAAGCGGCAAGCCAUCAUCAGCGACCAAUUAAAUCACGAACUGUCGCGAGCCGGGCGAACAGACCAAAACCGCCAAAAUCUGAUGGUCUCCUACAAGGAGGAGCACCAGAAGCAACUAGACGGUCUCGUCGAAGAAGCACAGAAGAUGAGACUCUCACUUCCAGAGAAGGAACGGGAGGCGGAGAAACUCAUCCAGUCCCUGAAGGAGACGCGUGAUAAGAUGAAGUGGGUGAUGACUCAGCAUCGGCGUCAAGGAGGCACUUGA